UUCUCGAACAGAAUUUUGAUAACAAAUUUAAAGAAAAAGAGAUGGAAGAUACAAGAAGAUCAGAUUCAACCAUCAGAGACGAAGAAGAAGAAGCAGAUGUGGAAAUAUGGAAUUAUGUUCUGGGGUUUUCCAAAAUUGCAGCAGUCAAAUGUGCUAUUGAGCUUGGAUUAGCUGAUGUCAUUGAAAGUAAUGAAGCUCCAUUGACACUUUUUGAGCUAUCUUCCACGCUUGGAUGCGCUCCGUCCUCUCUUUACCGCAUUAUGAGGUUUCUGGUGCAUCAAAAGAUUUUCAAAGAGAAGCCCACCAGCCAAGGCACCACAGGAUAUGUGCAGACGCCUCUCUCUCGCCGCUUACUUCGUCAGGGAGAAAACAGCAUGGCUGAUUUCAUUUUGAUGGAGAGCAGCCCUGACAUGCUAGCACCCUGGCAGUGUCUAAGCAAUUGCGUACGUGGCAAUGUUCAUUCAGCAUUUGAGGAAAGUCACGGGCAGCAUUUAUGGAAACAUACAGAAGCAAAUCCAGCUCACAGCAAGCUAUUCAAUGAUGCAAUGGCUUGUGACGCUAGAAUUAUAGUACCUUCCAUAAUUGAAGUAUGUCCAGAGGUGUUCAAUGGGGUUAAAUCUGUAGUUGAUGUUGGCGGAGGUAAUGGUACUACUCUGGGAUUGUUGGUCAAGGCUUGUCCUUGGAUUCAGGGUAUUAACUUUGAUCUUCCUCAUGUCGUUUCUGUUGCACUAGAAUGUGAUGGUGUUAAGCAUGUUGGUGGUGACAUGUUUGACAGUGUUCCACAGGCUGAUGCUGCUUUCCUCAUGUGGAUUCUACAUGAUUGGAACGAUGAUGAAUGCAUCCAAAUCCUGAAGAAAUGCAAGGAAGCUGUUCCAGAAGAUAAUGGAAAGGUGAUAAUCGUUGAAGCUGUGAUUGGUGAAGUGAAGGACGACAAGCUUGAGUAUGUUAGGCUGAUGCUAGAUAUGGUGAUGAUGGCUCACACUAAUACAGGUAAAGAGAGGACCUCAAAGGAAUGGGAAUCUGUUAUUCAGAAGGCUGGCUUUCGCUCUCACACUAUCAAACCCAUUGGUGCUGUGCAGUCUAUUAUUGAAGCCUUCCCUUGAUGUUUAACGCAAGUGUGGGCUUGCUUAAAAAUUUCCUUUUAUCAUUGAAACCAAUAAUGGCAUGUGCCAAUUAAUUAUUAAAUCUUUCUUUUUCUUUUUUCUUUCUUAUGUUUGUUUGCCUGUUGUGAGUUGGAUGUAUUGCACCCAAGAUAUAUGCGGUGGGAUUUGCUGCUAGUAAAGAUGCUAUCCAGAAGAGUAA